AUGACGACUGCCAUGGCCCGGUUGCCCUGCAAACAAUCGUCGUCGCCCUCGCAGCAGACGAGAGUGAACAAUUUCGGAAGCAGCCGGAACCCAUACUGGGAUAUGCAGCAGAUCAGGCAUCCCGCACCGUCGUACGUUAGAAAUCAUCAUCGACAUACCGACUAUACAGGGAAGCGGAAGAGCGCCGUAGAACUACUACAGGAAACGAAAGCCUUCUACGUAAAGAGCGAGACCGUGCUAGAUCGGAAACAGGAGCUGAAGAACAGCGGACACUUGCAGGUUUCGCAGCUGAGCGCACCUGGCGCACCGCCUCCGAGAUUGCUGCGAAAAUGUACAGGCAACUCAUGCCCCAUGCAGCCGACGUCGCCGUCGCAAUUGCAACCAACUCCCAUGACGCCGCCCUGCUGCUGGGCCUCGUGUCACGAACAAGACAGACUAGAUGGGAUUCUGAGUCCUCAACAAACACUGCCACCCGCGCUGCCACCGAAGAGUCCACGUUUGGUUCCGGUUCCCCAAAGACGGACAAUUUCGGGACCCCCGAGCGGUACCGGGGGCGAGUUGCAAACAAAGCUGCGUCGACUACUGAACACCGACAGCAAGGAGAAUAUGUUCUUUCCCGACAGCCCGCCGCAGAGCACGGCGCAGAGCAACGGAGUGCCAACACGAGAAGAGAAAUUCCGAUACUCGCCUGGAAGUCUCUCGCCCGGUUGUCGGGACGACGAUCGUAUUCUGGUGAGAAGGAAAUCGCGACAUAUCGAUCUUGGCCUCCAUUGCGCGCCGCAAGAUGUUCGCUUCAAGUUCGGUAGAAGCAACUCGCACUCGCACACUUCCGGUAGAUCCGGUCGGAAGUCAAACAGCUCGCCGUCGGUGGAAAACACGAUAUGCCACAAGUCGCUGCCGGAUUUACACACGAGUACGCGUCGUCGAGCAUCGCUCUCACCGCGCGCAUCUACGAAAUUAUCCGCGAAGCCGUCUGCUCAUCAUCAGGCUACGAACACAAGCAAUUGCCCGGACUAUGAAACUAGUUCAGAUUAUUCGGACCAUAGUUUUAAACGGGACGCUGUUUGUUAUCGCAGUUCCCGCCAUAUCAGGCGGUCUUUGGGAUCUGGUGGUGGCGAUGCGAGCAGCGUGUUAUCCUCGGGCGGACGAACACAGAAGUCAUCAGGUUCCAGCAAGUUGAGCCACGGGGCGACAGCCAGAGACUCCGGCGGCUCCUCUGGACACUGUACUCAUCGCAGCGAGCCAGCGCCCAGGAUACAGGAUUGUUGGACUCAUAUACGAAGAGAUAGCGGUGCGUCCACACAACAUUCUACCGAGAAAGAUCGAUCUAGAAAAGGCAGCUAUAUUGGUGGAACACCGCCAUCGGUUGUGAGACACUACAGCCCGGAGUCUGAAAGUAGCAAUAGUCAAACAGAUUACAGCCCAACUUGUAAUUCAAGGUUCUCCGAUGGUUGGAAGGAAGGUCGCGGUCGACCGAUCCUACGAUCUAAAUCAGACAUUAGCGAUCGAUAUUGGCGCCAGGAUAAUGGCCGUUCCAGCAAAGUAUCCUCUCGCCCGCCGCGAUCGAUGACUCAACUUGAGAAUUUCUUCGACCGUUUAGGACUGGACUCGGAUAACUAUCAGCGUAUAACGGAACCCGACUCCAAGACGUCGUCGCCCGUAUUCUUCGACAGUGUUAGCUCUGUGGACUCGGCGUUGGGCCUCUACUCCUGGGUCGGCACUAAUCAGACGAAUCAGGGUAGCCAGUGGCAAAAUAACUGCAGUAUUGGCAUGGGUAACGACGAGUGUAACCAAAGGGUAAACGAUCCGCCGAGUAUCGUCGAGCGAAACGCACGUAUUAUCAAAUGGCUUUGCCAAUGCCGCAAAGUGCAGUUAGGAUACAGUUAAACAACGAGUUUCUCAGCGUGAAUAAAUUCUUUCAUUUCUAAUG